AGAGAAUAUGAGCACCUCCACCGUCGUCCUCACACGCCGCUUUCCUUUCCUCUUUAUCUACCGCACCGCCUGUCUCCGAUUUCGGAGCCCCGUGCCACGAGCCCUCCUAGCUUUCCUCCGCCGGUCUCUCCGCUACGAUCGGCCUCGCCGCCUACGCCACCGAAAUGGCCAACGCAGUAUCAGGAAUGGCAGUGAAUGAUGACUGCAAGUUGAAGUUCUUGGAGCUGAAAGCAAAGCGGACCUACCGAUUCAUAAUCUAUAAGAUUGAGGAGAAGCAGAAGGAGAUUCUUGUAGAGAAGCUUGGUGAACCCAACUUGACCUAUGAGGACUUUACUGCCAGCCUCCCUGAAAAUGAAUGUAGAUACGCUAUAUAUGAUUUUGACUUUGUGACUGAAGAGAAUUUACAAAAGAGCAAAAUUUUUUUCAUCGCAUGGUCCCCCGACACAUCAAGGGUGAGAAGCAAGAUGCUUUAUGCAAGCUCAAAAGAGAGGUUCAAGAGAGAGCUUGAUGGCAUUCAGGUCGAGUUACAAGCAACUGAUCCUACUGAGAUGGGCCUUGAUGUCAUAAGAGGCCGCGCAAAUUGAGCAUACGGCUGUGCGCCUCUAGUUUACGCAGUCAGGUUGUUCUCUAUUAUUUGGUGUGGUUCUGCUGGAAUAUUCAUAACUCCAAGGGAAGGUUAGUUCCCUAGAUAUCAUGUGAGCUUGUGAUUGGCAUUACUAAAUAGAAACUAUUCAAAGUAUCUUCCCAUUUCUACUUUGCUGUUGUCUAUUUUGUACUUGGUACUCAUUGCAUUAGCAUCUAAUCAUGUUCUUGUGUUUGAAAGCUAAUGGUAUUCGACAUUUUGUUGUAUGGCAACAAAUGUAGUCACUCUUAUUAAUGACUUUACUCUUGUGAUGCAAA